CGCAGCUACAGACUGGGACGGGCUUAGAUGGUCACCUGGCCCGGGCGAGGUCACUUGCCUUCGUUCUCGACCUUGAUUCACUUGUCUCUCCCAAACUCCCAUCUCUCUUGACCACGUCGACCUCGACGACUGCAACCAUUUUCAUUGUGGUACCCUGAAGCACUGGGAAUUGCCACUGUAUCUCGAAGUGGACGAUAACAUACACGACUGGUUAAGCACCGUGCCGAGUCUGUCUGGCCAUUCUGAUAUCCCGCGAGCCCCAGACUCUGAGCCGCUGUUCGAUACCGGAGAACGAAGAUCGACCUGCCUGGACUUGCGCCAAACCUACGCCAUGUCCGCUCGCCCGACUCGCUCUGCGAGCAUCCCUAUCCCUCCAAGCGCAUCCUCGGCAGCACGCAGCCUCGAGGAUGUUCUCUCCAUGCCAUUUGCUCGACAACCAUCAAGCGGUGCUACCUCUCGACCCCGGCGCACCAGUGGCGUCUCACGCAGCCCAGACGAGCAAAGGUUCCGAGGGCCUAGCGUGAGUCCUGUGCGCAGUACCAUCAGCACCUCGCCUUCGAGGCCGUUCGUGGGCAGUUAUUCGUCUGCCCUGGGCCGAACCACCGCACAGCGAGUAAGCACACCGACUACCGCCGACUCGCCGGCGCCGACCUUCCAGCCCCGCAUCAUUCGAGCAGCGAGCAAUCCUACGCCGUCGCGUGACCCUGUUGCUUGCCUUCCUGGCGCUUCAUCUCCUGCACCUGUGCUGUCUACCUCACCCGCGCGUCCUCAUCGUCUGGGAGAUCGCUCGAGCACGAUCUCGACGGCACCGCGCAUCUCUGCUUCACUUUCCGCAGGCCCUCGUGUCAACUCUUCAUUCGCCCAUUCUACGUCUGUCCAUGCAAUCCCAACCACUACCGUACAGGGCUUUCCUCGGCCCGCAUACCUCGAAUACUCUGCACUGCGCGACUUCUUGCACACUGACGCUCCCGCGAUUGCACCGCCUGUACGCAAUGCUACGACCGCACCACACCCGCUGUCUACCAUCGUUGCCCCGCAGCCAUACCCCUACUUGCGUCGAUCCUUGACGCCGGCCGAUAGUGACUCCGAAAACACUCCGAGUCCUAGUCCGCCACCUCAUAAUUCUGCCAGCACCACCGACAGCAGCCUGGGCACCUUGUCUGCAAACCCAGUCCUGAGGCUCCCAACCAGGUGGAGUGAACAGGACCGUGGUACAGUGCUUACGAUCUCGCCGGACGGUCAGGAAGUGACAUUCUGCGGACCAUCGUUUACGGGAGAGAAGGACUCCGCGGCCGCACGCACCAACUUCCCGAUUCCACCAGCGUGUGGAAUAUACUAUUACGAAGUCGAGAUCAUCCAACGUGGACAGAAGGGACACAUCAGCGUUGGCUUUUCCUCGGGCAACGUCCGUCUCUCGCGCCUCCCUGGCUGGGAACCCCAAUCGUGGGGCUAUCAUGCAGAUGACGGGUGGUGCUUCGCUGGCACGAAGGAUGGCACGCCAUAUGGCCCUACGUUUGAUUCUGGGGACGUCAUCGGCUGCGGGGUCGACUUCAGCCAGAACCGCGCGUUCUACACGAAGAACGGCGCCUUCCUCGAUAUGCUGUUCGAGAACAUCCCGACGGCUACCGUCGCGCUCUACCCGUCCGUUGGCAUGCGCCACACAGGCGAGUCGGUGCGCGCCAACUUUGGCCAGGCUCCCUUCCGCUUUGCUAUCCCGGAUUAUGUGCGCAACCAGCGCGAUGCCGUAUGGACCGAGGUCAUGCGCAUCCCAAGCCAGGCGCCUGAUUCGAGCAAGGAGCACGAGAACGAAGCCGAGGCAAAGGAGCUGAAGGCGCGCAUGGAUAGCGCGGCUGAGGAAGAGACACGGGCCACGCUCAGGAAACUCGUGAUGGGCUAUCUCGCGCAUCAUGGGUUCGCGCGUACGGUGAGGGCUUUCCGUGAACAGUGCACGAAGGACGAGGGUAUGGGCACUUCGAGCUCCGGCCCGUCGGUGAAAGAGGAAGUGAUGGACACCGACGAUGGUCCACAAGCGGGGCCAUCGGGCAUCGCCCACGGGUACAACACUGAUUUCGGAGCGGGCGUACAGACGUAUGACUCCGAUGGGUUUCACCACGCCGAUGCAGAGACACGCGAUCUGCAGACGCGUUUGUCGAUUCUACAAGCAGUCCGCGUCGGCGACAUCGACCGAGCACUGGAGGAGCUGCACAUCUACUAUCCGCAGGCACUGACUGCACAGGACGGCUUGCUACUGUUCCGUCUCCGCUGCCGCAAAUUUGUGGAGCUCGUGCUAAAGGCGGGCGCUGCGCUGCGCAAGGUAAAGGAGGUUGAGAAGGAGCAAGACGGGAACCUUGCAGACGGGUUACCUCCAUUGCCACCGAUGGAAGGGAGGCCAGACGACAUAGCGUUGGAUGGAGAGGGCGCGAUGGACGUGGACGACCCAUCGCCCGAGGCCCUCUCCACGUCCACUGUCCGUGAUCUGUCUGUCGGCUCUCUUCUACCCACGUCCGUCGCGCCCUCCAUCGUGCCUACCCUCGCGGACGCAGCGCGGGAUGCCUUGCACACAGCGUUGGCCUAUGGCCAAACGUUGGAGGCAGACUACAAAUCCGAUACACGGCCUGCGGUGCAGACGCACCGGCUGCGCACAUUUGGGUUGGUCGCGUACGAGGAUCCCGAGAAUGUCGGCGGGGAAGUAGGUGCGCUCGCCGGGCAGGAGGCCCGGGUGCAGUUGGCCGGCGAGGUCAACCAAGCCAUACUGCAAUCUCAAGGGCGGCCCGUGCAUCCUGCCCUCGAGACCCUCGUCCGCCAGGCGGGUGCGUGCGUAGUUCAACUCGGCCUCCUCGGUGAAGGCCGAGCUGCCUUCGCCGAUGUGCGACAGGAGCUCCUGGAGGCUUGAUCUCACACUUUGCGGAGAAGCUGUUUUGCUGGGUUGUGAACAUGGACGGUGGGAAUGCUAACGAUCGAGAAGCAGUAUGUGUAUUGUACAGUGUACUAAUGCCAGUCUGUGUACUACCAGUGCUUUGAUAUAUAUAUGACUCCGCUUUCCGUCA